CAUUGUGUUUGUUGGGUUCUGUUUUCGUUUAUUAUAAUAGCAAUCUCCUUUCCGCCCGUUGUCACCCAAGAGCUAUUUAUCUUUAAAAGGUUUCCUGAAACAGAAUAAGUUAAUUCGACGUCCGUUAAUUCUCUGAUAGACUGACGAUGGAGACGGAUUUAAUUUGUGUCAAUUAUUUUUCAUACAAGAAUUUAUAUUUCGGCUGUAAACGUUGUAGUUUCCUAUAGUUCUCGGAAUCAGUUAAAAAGAGAGCUCACAAACUCUUGGGAUUAAUAGCCAAAAAACAUAAACGUUGACCAAGUAGACCCUCAAACAUCUCUUAGAUUAUUGAGAAGGACCUGUGCGACGUUGCUGUGUUCGUGGAGAUGACGCAAUUCAUCUGCAAUCUGUUGUCAUAAAAGGAAGGACCCGGAUUCAAAUCAGCGUCCUUGAUUUAUGUUGGAAUUUAUAUAAUUCGGUUUCCUAUACGAAUUCGGUGUGAUAGGGUCCUUGAUUCUUGGAACGAUAUUGUUACGUAAUGAAAAGCAGGGGGAAAUCCCUGCCUGUCCAGGAUUCCCUGUAGCUUAUAUGAUUAACAAAGAUGGUUAUGGAACGGACAUAAAUAGCUUUGGAUUGAAUCAUAUAGGCCUAACUUCAGUCAAUUUUCAACGAGAAUCCGCUAACAUUUGGUAUCAUUUCAAACUGAAUUGUAAAAAUAAUAAUUGUAUAAACUUGAUGGAAACAGGAUUCACAACUAAUUAUUUUGAUACAGACCGUACUAUCUCCAGAUAAGUACACCCAAAGAUAACAACGCAGUUAUUUUGCAUAUAAUUACGAUCAAGCAUUGGAUAACAACUUCAACAUGUUCAAUGUUUGUCUCAACUCUGGAAUCUUCAAUCAAAUAAAAACACUCGGACAGUAUGGAAACUGAUAAAGAUAUUUAAAUGCGUUUCGUUUGUCAAUAUACUGCCGGAACUCGGAUUACAGAAAAGGGUUUUAAAGAAGACGGUUUUAUUUGCUUUAUCAAUGCAGAAUUGCUAAUGUCAUACGGAGACAUUUUGAGGAAUCUGAACUCUAAUUAAAAUGCAAAGAAACGACAAAGCACGAGGUCGUCCACGCGCACAGACGUAUCCCUCAAUGCCCCCGACAUCGUAUUUGAAUCAUCCAGUCAAGGGUAGAGGAGGCAGCGAAGACGACGUCGAGAAGUCGGCAACCACGAGAGCGAUCGGGUAUUGCGACGAUAGCAAUGUCAAGUUCGUCAACCAGGAGGAGGAGCAUAAUCUAGUAGGAGUGAUGGACCGGUUGAGGGCGGCGAAGUCGAGAGCGAAGGUUGGUAGAAAUCAAGAGACGAUGAGGAUUCGUAGGGAUUGUUGGAUCCUGGAGUCGCAGAGGAAGGCGAUGGUGAAUUCGACGGUGGCGUUUAGUGACUUGUUAAGGUCGACCAGAAUGAAGAAUGCCCGAAUGGCAGCCCAAGCGGGCGAUGCAGAGAAAACUUCUGAUGUCGAGUCUCCAGCGAGAACACCACCAAUGUCUCCUCGAAUUCACACAAAGCUACUCCGAUGGAGAGGAAUCACUCUUGAGGCUCAAGAAGCAUCAGAUGAAUCAUCAGAUGGCUCAAAGGCAUCGUCAACGGACACCGCUAACCCACGACUUCCUGAAAUAAGCAAUGCCUCACUUAAUCAACAGCACCAACAAAGAUUUGGCAUAUCGUCGGGAGUUGCUAAACAUGCUAAAGAGUCAGAUGUAGGUGAGCACGACCGAGGCCAUAGAAGUGAUGUUGAUGUCCUCAAUAAAAACAUUACAUCAGGAAACAAACAGGAAAGACGCCAAAGCUUCCACAGCACCUUGCAUCCUCAAGAUGAACAGAGUUGGCAAUCAGUGGACAGUCGGGCAACAGAAAGUCGGCUUCAUCAGGCAAAGAUGAUUAGGGAACGAGCGCUUUUGCGAAGGCGCCCUAAAACCGCUGCUCCGAAGUUGGCUUCCCCAGUCGACAACAGUGAAAAAGACAUCCAUGAAAAAUCCCCGACUCCACCAAACACUCCUGUAGCAGUAGGGACACCACCAUCGUCGCGCAGGCGAGCCCGAAGCAUGUCGUACAUGACGCCAGGACAAAGCAGUGUCUCGGCAUGUGGAAAAGUCCGAUCAGUUAAUGAGAAGACGAUCUCACUGCACGGAAGGACGACGAGGGAACUACGGAAAAUGACGCACAUCGACAACAUCGCUGCGGCAGAGUCGGAAGAGAGAAGGAAACAGAUCGAAGAGAGGAAGAAAGAAAUCAAAGAAAAGGAAAGGCUGGUGCUACAAGAAAAGAUUGAUGAUUUCCUGAAAAGAUUAAAUGACAUGACAAAAGAAGAGCUAAGCGAGAAACGCCCAUUUUAUUCUGGACUUACAGAAUCCAUAUAAAAAUUGAAAAACUUGCUUUUACAUCUCUAAAAAGCAGAGCUCAUUAUCUACCGAGAUGUAAAAAUAUGAACUCCACAUCAUAAAAACAAUUCAUUAACUAAACAUUAAUGUACGUUGAUAUCAUAUGGAUUAUAUGUGCUACA